AUGCGUAACUUAUCCAGUUUCCCUCUCGGAAGAAAACCAUCCUCACUCCCCUGGAAGGCGCUCACCACUAAGAAAGUUGAUCAAAACUCCACUGCUACUUACUGCGAGGACGACCGUCCGAUUUCUCUUCGCUUCAGAGUUAGCUCAAUGAUCGAGCUCUGUCAAUUGGACAAGGCGGCUCAGAUGUCGAGCCUGGCCGCCUCGGAUGAGUAUGUCGACCUCCCCUACACGGUGCCAAUGAUAUGCAACAAAAUCAUCGGCGCCAUGUACGACGCCAAACGCUACGACGAUGCCAUCGCUCUGUUUCAUUACUUCUUCAACAAGUCUGACCUGAUCCCCGACAUCUUCACCUAUAACCUCAUCAUCAAAAUCCACUGCGAUGAAAACAAUGUAGACGACGCGUUCGAGCUAUACCGUUACGCUAAAACACUUGCUGUACCAGAUAUCGACACACACAUGGCUUUGGUCAAAGGUCUUCUAAUGGCCGGGAGAAUUGUAGACGCUCUGGGUUUUGUAAAAACGCAAAAGCUUUGGGAUUCGGAGGUUUACAGCUAUCUAGUCCGCGGGUUCUUGGAUCUGGGAAACCACGAAAAGGCUUAUGAAUUAUUCCAUGAAUUUGACCACCACAUCAUGCUUCAUCACAGUGAAGAUCACAACAUAAGGAGAGCGGCCGUGGAAGCCACAUUUGUUGAGUACUGGUUUAAACAAGGCAAGGACGAAAAGCUAUGGAGAUUUACAGCUCUAUAA